GCCGUACAGACUUGCUGUAGAUUUCUAGACCAAGGCCAAUAGCACGAUGGAAAUAUACAUAGAUUCCAUACGACUUAUUCCCCGUUUAAGCUCAUCUGUUAGAGCCUCCAUUAAGCUUCAAAACGUCAAAUACAGAUCGAUGACUGCUAUUAGUUGACGAUCCCGAUCGGAUUUAGGAAUCGUACGAGACUCCAAACCCGAGUAUAAAUACCCGUUCGUAUACGUAUACCCACUCUCAUACAUUCAAGGUUCCAUAUAACUAUCGAAUUCCCCCGUCAGCAGAUACGUGUACUACAUACAAUACUAGUCCAGGCACCUACAUAUAUUGUCUUAAGCCCAUCGCUCCAAAAAUGGGCGGUGUGACUAUCAUCAAACACGUCCGCGUCUUCGACGGCGAGACCGUUACGGGGCCUAAGUCCGUGGUCAUCGAGGGGUCACGUAUUGGCGACGACGCACUUGCUGACGACCCAGAUCCAUCAGGGACUGUUGUAGUCGAUGGCACGGGAUGCACGUUGCUGCCUGGCCUUAUCGACUGCCACGUGCAUAUCCGCGACGAGGCGCAGUUAGCUUCAUGUGCGUCUUUUGGUGUCACGACAGUUUGCGAUAUGGCGAGCAUUCCGCUGGAGAAAUAUGUAAAGCUACGUGCGGCGAAGACACCAACGACGUGGCUUAGCUCCAGUCUCCCCGCGUAUGAGGAGAACUCUAGACACGGUAAGCUAUUUAAACUAGGUGGUGUCUCGCCCGAUAAUGCAGUUCACAACAUCGAUGAAGUGGCCAAGUUUAUGCAAAAUCGAAUUGACGAAGGGGUCGACUAUAUCAAGGUCAUUGCCGAUUUCCCAGGCCACGAACAAGAUGUUCUGAAUAAAAUCCAGGCCGAGGCGAAAAAGCACGGGAAAAUGACGGUUGCUCAUACAGCUCAGUACUUGGCAUUCGAACGUGGGCUACAAGCCGAUUUCGACGUGCUUACCCACGUGCCGAUGGACAAAGCGCUCGAUGAUAAAAUCGUUGAUAAGAUGGUCAGCCAGAAGACGAUUACAGUACCAACGCUAUCGAUGAUGGAAGCCAUGACCAGUAGUUGGAUUAUGUGGGCAGCUAGUUGGGUCAUGCCGGGACUGAGGGGGAGGAAGUUCCAGUAUUCACUAGAUAGCGUGACGGCGAUACGCAACGCGGGUGUGCCCAUCCUCGCCGGCACAGAUGCGAAUAAUAGCGGGAUCGUCAAGGUCGUGGCCGGGAAAGCAUUGCAUCACGAAUUAGAGCUGCUCGUACGUGCUGGAUUAUCACCUGUUGAAGCCCUGAGGGCGGCUACGUCGUUGGCUGCGCAGCAUUUUAGUCUCCCAGAUCGGGGCCGAGUCUCACCUGGUCUUAGGGCCGACUUAAUUCUGGUGGAGGGAAAUCCGGACGAAGAUAUCACGGCAACACAAAAGAUAUCGAGGGUUUGGAGCAAUGGCGAUGAAGUAGCGGUAGCUGCAGUAUCACAGGGAACCAUUUUAGGAAGUUGCGCGGUUAUGUAGAGUCUGACUGAGAGUCUUCAGCUGGUGCGACGUAAUCCUUCAACACGGGCGCGAUGGAGGGCAGGAAGGAUCUCUUGUUGGUCGGGAUUCAGAAGCUUAAUUUCGCUUGGCAUCCAACCAUUCGACCGAGUAGGCUAUGGAAUGGCAGGAAUGGCAGGAACCGGCUAUGAUCUAGCUGUCUAGAACAACCUAAGCAAGCCUAGCAGCCCAGGAAUACGGGACACCCUCUUUGCCAAGUGAUCCGAAGGUGGAUUUGG